GCUAGCUGCUCGCCACAACUGGCGCGCCGCACUCACCGCGCCAGUACGCCACGCUCGGGCUCGAUCGGCAUCGAUUCCCCCAAUCCCGCACCCGCACACCCGGCUCGCAAUCCCUAGCACUAGCAGCGCCGCGGCGGCAGGCAGGCAGGGGGGGGGGGGGGGGGGGGGUGCCGGAGGCCGCUCGUAGCACGGAACGUCUCCGGAUCGAUCCAUGGAGCGCGCGAGGAGGGCUUCGCACGCCGGCUCUUGGUACACCAACGAUGCCAGGAAGCUGGAAGAGGAACUCAAUGGUUGGCUGGGGGCAGCCGGUCUAACCAAGUCUCCUGAUGUUAGGGCAGUAAUUGCACCCCACGCUGGUUAUUCAUACUCGGGCCGAUGUGCAGCUUAUGCUUUUGGCAACAUCGAUCCAACUAACAUUUCUCGGGUGUUUCUGCUUGGCCCUUCUCAUCACUACUACACUCCAAAAUGUGCUUUAACCAGGGCUUCUGUCUACUGUACCCCAAUCGGGGAUUUGCCAGUAGACCAGGAAGUCAUUGAGGAACUCAGUGCUACUGGAAAGUUUGAAUUUAUGGACCUUAAUGUGGAUGAAGCUGAACAUAGCAUGGAAAUGCAUUUGCCCUACCUUGCUAAAGUAUUUCAAGGACAUAAUGUGAAAGUCGUCCCUAUCCUUGUUGGUGCACUUAGCUCCCAAAACGAAGCCUUGUAUGGGCAGCUGCUCUCCAAAUAUGUGGAUGACCCAAAAAACUUCUUUUCCGUGUCGUCAGACUUCUGCCAUUGGGGAUCCAGGUUUAGCUACACAUACUACGAAAAGAAGCACGGUGCCAUCCAUAAAUCUAUCGAGGCCUUGGACCGUAUGGGCAUGGAGAUCAUAGAGACUGGCGAUCCCGUAGCGUUCAAAGAAUACCUGCAGGAGUACGAGAACACCAUAUGCGGACGCCACCCCAUCAGCGUCUUCCUUCACAUGUUGAAACAUUGCUCGACAAAAAUUAAGAUAGGCUUUGUCCGCUACGAGCAGUCCAGCCAGUGCAAGAACAUGAGGGAUAGCAGCGUGAGCUAUGCAUCCGCAGCAGCGAAGGUUGCUGGUGCAUCCGGGGAAGAAGAUAAACAAGACUGAGCGAGCUACAGCUCUGUUUGAUAUACUAUAUAUAAGCCGCCAAACCUUGGUGCGGAAUGUGUGACUGGUUUCCCAUAAGAAAAAGAACAUGUGAUUUGGUAAAACAUUUUCUUCUUCAGUAAAAUAAAUAAAUAUGCAGACUGCUGGGGAUCUGUACU